AUGCGUCCCCUCAGAUGCUUAGGCUUCGCACUUUGCACCCUGCUCCCCCUUGACGGGGUCCAGGCAUUGGCCUUGUCCCCGAGAGACUCGGUCGGGCAGCAGUAUGCGUGGAAUUUGACAGCUUUGAACACUUAUGAGCGGAGGGAGGACCCUAUUGAAGCAGGUCUUCAAAGGAUGUCUGUCAAGGGCGCUCCGUUCGGUGUCGAAGAGUUCGCACUUACUUCCGCGAUCAAGAUCAGCCUCUCCGGGGGCCAAAAGCUCGAUGACGCUGCAAAAGGAGCGUGGAAGCAGCUUGCAUUGACAAUGCCGCAACUCAUGGCUUCCAUGGAGGGUGUCAACAAAGUACUUCGCCUGGAUGAUUACUACAAUAGCGAUGAUUGGGUCUCCAGGACCGUCUUCGUCGACUCGACAGCGCCAAAUGCGACUCAGUUGCUCAGCAGCUUGAAGCCGGUCAAUCAUCCUGUCUUGUACAUUGUGACAGAAAGCAAUGAACUUGUCAUUCGAGCAACCCAUAGCGCCAUUGAUGACCAUGGCAUACACCUCCUUUGGGACAAAUUUCUUCGAGCAAUGGCACAGCCUGCCACCAUCCCGCUCGUCUCCCAGAAUCAGCUCGGGCAGAAGCUUCAGCCUCCAGCCUACCCUGUAGCCGCGGAUCUGGCUCAGACCACAGCUGGAGACGAGCUCAAGGCCCAGCAGAUCCUUGCGGAUUGGGCUGCCCAAAUGCCCACGAUUGGUGUCCCUGUAAGCAAAGCUGGCGUGGUUCCUGUUGGCUCGACCCGACAGCGGAGCAAGUACUCGGCGAGCGAAACGUCUCAAAUCAUUGCCAAGGCAAAAGCCAACGGCUACAGCUUGACCGAAGUCGUACACGCGGCCUUGAUUUCUGCGGCGGCACAAAUGAGCAAUUCUGGUGCAAAAUAUGUCUCCGUGGUCGCAGUCGAUACAAGAGAAUUCAUCGAGCAGCAGUUCCAAUCGACACCGCUUCCGUUUUACGAAAGCGUAUGGCCGCUGGUGAUUAAUCCGACAAACUUCUUUGACAUUGCGACCCAGCUGAAGAAUUUUUACAAUGGCCUUUACACAAACCCUGAGACCAAGCAAUUGGUCCCUCCCAUUUUUGAGAAUUUCGCCAACCUCUUCUUGGCUGCGCCUGUCACGUCUACUGACCCGAUUCUUUCAAGUAUCGGCUCUCUGGAUGGGAUUUUGCAAAAUAAUUAUGGUGCGGACAUCAAGCUUCAAGACGUUUGGCUUGCCGCCGACUCGACCACGCCGCAGCCAAUUUUCCAUCUUACCACCUUCAACGAAGAAAUCAGGCUUGACGUGACCUAUAAUCAGGCAUACCAUGCGGAUUCGACACUUGGCCAAUACCUGCAGCUUGUGCGUCAGAUCCUGCUGCAGCAAUUGCAAAUUUAA